AUGAUAUUGAACGGCUUCGAAGUCUAUCUCAGCUCCGGUGGCGCUCGCAUGGAAGAACAUGUCAACGCUGAGAAUCAUGCAUCAAGUAGCUCGGACACGAUGACAUGUAGCAUUGGGAAUCCUUCUGGAAAGGACGUUUCUGUCUCCGUGAAGGAUCUAAACGAGCGUGGAAAUGGUAGGUACAAGGCAUUCACGGCCACGCUUUACGCAGAAGACCGUAAGAUUGCCUGGAACGGCGAGAUAAGAGAAGACGCGAGGCUAUGCCUACUUGACCAUGCGUUAGACGAGGACAGGCGCGAACAUCGCUUGAGGUUCUCGGAUGUUCCGACCACCCUUGACCAUGAUGAAAGCAGCGAACUGGAGCCCCCGGAAAUCUUAGAUCUACUUGGAUCGUUGAAGGUUGUCGUGCACUGGGCGAAGUACGAGACGAGGAAACAGAGUACGAAACCAGCAAUCACAGAUAUUGAUCAUCGCCCUAUCGUACGGGAGCUGGGCGACCUGAGAGCCAGAGCUGGGAGGCAAGGAUUCAGUAUAAUGACACUCGGCGAAGAUAAACCUGCCAGUGAAGAUUUUUUUGCAGAGAAGCGUCCAUGGGGGCCUGGCGGUGAAUUGUGGUGGGCAUGGACCUGGUAUGAGCCCAAGACACUCAUAUUGGCGGCCACCUUCGUGUUUCGCCACCAGGGUCAAGUUCCAGAGCGCCGGAUGUCGGAACACAGGCCUGAAAGCGGGCUACAAUAUAAUGACCCUCAGACACAACAUGGCGGCAUAGAAGACGAUCUUUCGAUGGCAGGUGGAUCUGCUCGGGACGACGAGCCUCUCCUAGACGAGCGCCAAAGUACAGAAGCUAGUCCGGGCUCUCGUAGCAGUCAAUCUAAGACUGGUGACCCUGAGCCUUACGAUGAUGGCUCUCCAGAUGAAGACGAGAUCAUGAACGACUCGACGUCUGGCUUCGACGGGACAGACCUCGGUGAACUCAGCUUGUCCAGCCCAAUACCCGAUCCAUACUCUCCGCCUAGAUCCCCAUCGUGCACUUCGCCGCAUCUCAACGACGGUAACUCGCGCAUUGGGAGGAAGCGAAAGCGUGACGACUCUGUCGACGGCAGCAUGGACAUCGAGGAGGAUCUGGACAAUGAUGCCGAUACACUGGAACCAGGACAUCAUACGGAACGGUUGAAUUGGUUGCUGGCCAAGAAGGAGUCCUUAGAAAGAGAGCUGGUGCAUAUCGAUCUCGAGAUAGCCGAGUUGCGUCGGCGAACGAGAAGGUGGAGGUCGCCCUCUGCACAGACCAACGAUGCAUUCGAUAGCGAUGGAUGA